GCCUGCCGGACACUGGUACAGCAGCUACAGGGGUAACGUCAACUAUGGCCGAGACCCAUAGCUUACAGGACCUCCAGCAGCCAGCUAUAUCCUCCAAGGUGUUUGUGCAGAGGGACUACAGCUCAGGAACCAUUUGUAAGUUCCAGAGUAAGUUCCCUGUCGAGCUUGAGUCAAGGCUUGACAAGCAGCAGUUUGAGGAGACCAUUCAAACUCUGAACAAUCUGUAUGCUGAAGCAGAAAAACUUGGGGCAAAGUCUUACCUGGAGGGGUUCUUGGCUUGUCUCACUGCCUAUACUGUUUUUCUGUGUAUGGAGACGCACUACGAGAAGGUAUUAAAGAAGAUUGCACGUUAUAUUAAGGACCAGAAUGAGAAGACAUAUGCUCCCAGGGGAUUGCUACUGACUGACCCCAUUGAGAGGGGUCUCAGAGUUGUUGAGAUCACCAUAUUUCAAGACAGAAGCACUGGCUCAGGAAGAUAAAAGAAUUCGAAAGGUCAGUGAUAAACUUCAGGUUGAACCAGACACACUGUUUGUUUGCCAGCACAUAUUAACUGUACCCCUCAUUUGGAUGGAUGUAUAUAGUUUUGUUUUGAUCCAUUUCCUUUUAUUUAAAGGUUCAAUGCAAUAUACACAUACCUCUGUUUGUAAAGGUAUUUUGAUGUCUUUUUUUAUACCUAAAAAACAAUAUGAACGUCAUACUUGUUGAUCAAGACCCUUCAUUAUUAAUUGUGCAAUGGUGUUUUGUACCGCAUUUUGAACAUGGUAACCCUGAUUGACUUUGCCGCUUGUUUUGUCUUGAUCAUAGAAGAAAGUUAAACAAUUUGGAGAAAGGUUAUAAUUAAUAAUGUGUAGUAAAUUGGUCUUGAGUGAAUUGUGUGCACCAUUUGUAAACAAUGAUGCAAUUGAUAUGGUUAGGGUUGCAUAAUACCAAUGUUUUUGGACUUCAUCAGAGAAAAUGUCUUAUUUGUGACCUGUGUCAUAUUUUUAAAACAAACACAAAUGUUAUCUCUGUACUGGACUUUAUUUUUUUUAGAUUUGAAGGAUCUAAGUGUGUCACAAAACGGUAAUAAUUAUGACCUAUUACCGCCUGUAAAUUGUCCUUCCUUACUGUGUUAUACCUUUUCAGCGAACUCAACACACCACAAAAUUCUUUAACACUGUUCCACAGGGGUCAAGACUGCUCUCAAAGUUGUUUUGUACAGCCGACCCAAUCUUGUAAAAUAUAUUGUUCUUUCUUAUUAUCUAAAUAAAUUGUAAUUUCCUAAAAAAUUAUUGAUCUCAAUUUGAUAAGUGAAAAUUAAAACAUUGGAUCCAGUAUUUCAAAAUCUCAACCACUUGCUUGUCAAAUAAAUGCAGAAUUGCGAGUCAGGGCUCAUGGUUUUAGUUUUCCCAUUUACUGUGAUAAUCUGAAAAGUGGAAAACUGCAACAUUGGUAUCUGUGGUAAAAAUUGGGUGAUUUUUUUUUUUUUGCCCCACCAAAAGCCGUGAGCUAAACCAUUUGCACAGGGACGGGGUAAUUCGUUUUUGACUGACAGAUUAUUGUAAGCCUCUGAUUGGCUAAAUUAAAAGAAAAAUUAACAGUUAGCCCGCCCCUCUCCAAGUCUCCAGUCUGCAGAGUCACAAACUUGGGUGCAGGUGCAAACCCACGAUCCUGCACACCAGACAUGGCCAAAUCGGGGUUCUAAUCGGCUUUUAAAUAGUCCAGUGUUUGGCAUUUUCUAGCUAAAUUGGAAAAUUACGUGUGUUAUUAUUGGCCAUCAAACUGUUAUCCACUUAGAUGCACUAGACCAGGGGUGUCAAACUCCAGGCCUUGAGGGCCGCAGUGUC